AUGACGUCGAGGAUUACAAAUCGUCCUUGGGUUACGUCUCCGGUUGAUCGAUUCUCCAGUUUGCCGGAGUUGGCUAUCGUCGACAUCCUUUCCCGUCUCCCAGCAAAAGAUGCCGUUAAAACCAGCGUGCUUUCCAAAUGGUGGAAAUCCUUGUGGACUAACGUCGCCACCUUUGAUUUUAAGUUUCUGGGCGGCCCAGAAGAGGAAGGUAACAAGAAGAUGAUGUUUGUGCAGUUUAUUAAUAAUGUGUUUCUUCAUAAUGUUGUCAAGAACUUGGAAACGUUUCGACUUGAUUCGUCGCCUGAUGAAUCUGAAUUAGCUUACCUUAACAUGUGGGUUCGUCACGCCGUCAUCCAUCGAAAUGUUAGGAAUCUUGAGCUUAAGAUCGGAUUUAGUUUUAUUUGUGAUGUUCCUGCCGAGCUAUUCACUUCUGGCCAAGAAGAUGAGGUUGCAAUGAUAAGGUAUAUCCUGAAGCAUGGUGUAGUCCUGAAAAGCGUCGAACUAGGAUCCCGGCCUCCUACUACUUCUGCUACUGAUUUGGAGUUCAAGUUUCGCAUGCUUCAAAACAUAUCAUUGUUCCACAGAGGUUCUCAUGACUGUGAAGCUUUCCGCCCUCUUCCUCCGUUGUCUCUACAAUUUUUUUCCAUCCCAGCAUUGUCAUUUGAUUGCCCUUUGGUAUCAAUUAAACAUCUUCCUUCUCCAUCAGCUAGAGUGGAUAAGCUAUGUUGGCAAUCCCAGAUUUUUCACCUCCAUGCGGUUAACAAGUUUAAAGUGAUCUUGAAGAAGAAUGAGAAGGCCCCAUUGCCACCAGGGCCUCGGGGUCUGCCAAUUGUUGGAUACUUACCAUUCUUAACCCCCAACUUGCACACUCAGUUCGCUGAAUUUGCUCAUCGAUAUGGUCCGGUUUUCAAGCUUAAGCUUGGAAACAAACUCUGUGUCGUAGUGAGCUCGCCGGCUCUCGUGAAAGAGGUAACGCGAGAUCAGGACGUUGUAUUUGGUAACCGAGAUCCUCCUGCUGCCGCGGAAGCUAUUACUUAUGGAGGACUCGACAUCGCGUGGUCUCCCUACGGCACCUACUGGCGCAACAUGCGAAAAGUAUUCGUGAGGGAGAUGAUGAGUGGAAGCAACCUUGAUGCUUGUUAUGAUCUAAGGAAAGGUGAGGUGAUAAAGGCUAUGCAAUAUAUUGAGAUGCGGGUUGGAAAGCCUGUAGAGGUUGGUAAUCUGGGCUUCUUGACCGAGAUGAAUAUGGUUUUGAAUAUGUUGUGGGGUGAGACACUUGAAGCCAGCCAGCUAAGCGAAACAGGAGCUAAUUUCAGGGAGUUGUUUGCGAGAAUGAUUGAUCUUUUCGGCAAGCCUAACUUAUCUGACUUCUACCCUAGCCUUCGCAGGUUUGAUAUUCAGGGCAUUGAGAGACAAGCCAAGUCUCUUUCACAAACAACUGAUGAGAUUUUCAAUGCAGCGUUUGAGAAAAGAAUGAAGAUGACAGCGGAUGGAAUAAAAAGUGAUGGAAAGAAAAAAGACUUUGUUCAAAUCCUGCUUGAGAUCAAGAAGUUUGAAGAUACUGGGGAAGAGAUUAGCCUGGCACAGAAAAAAGCCAUCUUAAUGGGGUAUAAGAGAAAAAUAGUAAUUUUCAAGAAAAAGAAUAGAAAUGCCUUCUUGUUGCCACCAGGACCCUGGGGAUUGCCAAUUGUUGGAUACUUGCCAUUCCUAGGCACCAACUUGCACACUAAGUUCACAGAAUUGGCUCAUCAAUAUGGUCCAAUCUUCAAGCUUCAGCUUGGUACCAAGCUCUAUGUUAUACUGAGCUCGCCUUCUGUCGUCAGAGAGGUGACGCGAGAUCACGACGCCACUUUUGCCAAUCGCGAUCCUCCUGUUGCCGUGAAAACUGUGACUUAUGGAGGAGUGGACAUUGUAUGGUCUCCCUACGGAUCCUACUGGCGCAACAUGAGGAAACUAUUCGUCCGGGAGAUGCUAAGUGGAAGCAACCUUGAUGCUUGUUAUGAUCUCAGAAAAGGUCAGGUGAUGAAGGCUGUUGAAUAUGUUAGCAAGAGGGUUGGAACGCCUGUGGAUAUUGGUGACCUGAGUUUUCGAACAGCAAAGAAUGUGGUCUUGAGUAUGUUGUGGGGUGAGACACUUGAAGCAAACCAGCAAAUAGAAGUAGGGGCUAAUUUCAAGGAGGUGAUUGAUAAGAUCGUAGAAGCAGUAUCAAAGCCAAACAUAUCCGACUUCUUCCCAAUCCUUCGCAGGUUUGAUAUUCAGGGACUUGAGAGAAAAGCCAAGGUUAAUACACAAAUAGUUGAUGAGAUUUUCGAUAGAGUGAUGAAUGAAAGAGCGAAGAUGUCUGAAGGCGAGAGAAGAAGUGCUGGAAGUAAAAAGGACUUUGUUCAAAUCCUCCUUCAGCUCAAGAAGUUGGAAGAUGGGAAAGACCUCAGCCUGACUCAGAUGAAAGCCAUCAUGAUAGACAUUGUUAUUGGUGGGACAGACACGACAGCUACAAUAACCGAAUGGGCAAUGACAGAGCUUCUGCAUCACAGAGAAGUCAUGGAAAAGGUCCAGAAGGAACUCAACGAAGUGGUGGGGGUUGGCAAAGUCGUUGAAGAGUCUCAUCUGCCAAAACUACACUAUCUGGAAGCAGUAGUGAAAGAGGCUAUGCGUUUACACCCUCCUUUACCUAUACUGAUCCCUAGGUGUCCAAGCAAAUCAUUUGUUAUAGGUGGAUACACUAUCCCAAAGGGUACUACGGUGUUCAUUAAUGCCUGGGCUAUACAAAGAGAUCCGGAGCUCUGGGAUGAUCCGUUAGAGUUCAAGCCAGAAAGGUUUCUGAUGGAACCAAAGAAGUGGGAUUACAGUGGUAACAGUUCUCAGUUCAUUCCAUUCGGAUCAGGAAGAAGAAGUUGUCCAGGGAUUCCUUUAGGUGAGAAAAUGUUCAUGUACGGUUUGGCUGCCCUCUUGCAUUCAUUUGAUUGGAGACCAACCAAAACCAAAGAGGAGGACCUUACUGAGAAGUUUGGAAUGGUCAUGGGGAAAAGCACACCACUAUUAGCUAUCCCUACCAACAGAUCACAAAAUUAUCACUAG